UUAGAGUUCAGACCUCCCAGAGGAGCAAUCACUCAACCACUGAAAAAGCUAAAGAUCAAUGUUUUUAAGGUUCACAAGUGUGCUGUGUGUGGCUUCACCACUGAAAAUCUGCUGCAGUUCCACGAACACAUCCCGCAACACAAAUCGGAUGGUUCUUCCUACCAGUGCCGGGAGUGUGGCCUCUGCUACACAUCUCACGUCUCUCUGUCCAGGCACCUCUUCAUUGUGCACAAGUUGAAGGAGCCUCAGCCCGUGUCCAAGCAGAACGGGGCUGGGGAGGAGAACCAGCAAGAGAACAAGCCAAGCCCCGAGGACGAGUCCCCCGAUGGCACCGUGUCAGACAGAAAGUGCAAAGUCUGCGCAAAAACUUUUGAAACUGAAGCUGCCUUAAAUACUCACAUGCGGACACAUGGCAUGGCCUUCAUUAAAUCCAAAAGAAUGAGUUCAGCUGAGAAAUAGCCACAGAUGUUCCAUAAGGAAAAUCCCUGUCCACAUUGGAAGAAAAAAGACAUUUUUGUUACAAAAAGUUUGCAGUAUAAUAGAGUUAACAGUACUGUCCAGGCUGUUGCAAUAUAUUCUCUUUCAAUGUACCUUCUUCACCUCGUCAUAUAUAUCCUCGAUAAGUAUUAAAACAGUAUUUGAGUUUAAAAGAGUUUGUAUAUAUUUAAAUGAAUAACUUUUUAUACUCUUUGUUACAUGUUUGUAUCAGUAUUUAGUAGAAAAUGUUUUGAGUUUUCUUUUGGAUUAGAAUUUUUCUUUUUGUACUAUUUCUUUAAAACAGAGUUCUUAGUAACAGGGGCAGUUCCUGAAUUCAAAUAAACCAUUUUGUAUGUUACAAAUUUGAAUGGGUUAACUAAUUACAGGCUAAAAUAAUGCCUUUUUUAGUGUUUUUAAUUUUUAGAAUUCACUACAUAAAUUGUAGGUGAUUGUGGGUCUCCAACACUAGGAACUUUUAAGUGUCUUAGCACUACCCUCACCGUGCCUGCUCUGAGCAAGCAAGUGCACACUUGAGACACAGCGGCACUCCGGUGCAGGCAUGGCAUGUUUUUCAGGCCAUGCCAAAUGGUGUUUAAAGCAGCCUUGCAGGGAGCUUCUUUCCCAGCAGUGGAUAAAAGUGCAGGCCCAAAUCCAGCAAGGAAUGUGGAUUUCCUUAAUUCCAUCUUGAAGUAGGAAGAAGGGUGUUCUAAAGGGAAAAAAGGGGGCUGGUUGUUUUCUGGGCAAAUUUGCAAGGCUGGCUUAAAGAGCACAAAGAGAUAAGGUUACGAAAGGGCUGGACUACUAUAAAAGUUACAAAUAUGUAGUUAGACCAAUAGACUUAUACAGUCAGGUUUUUGUCAUGUAAUUUAUUAACUAUUACAGAUUUACAACUAGGAAUAUCAAGUAUUUCUCCGGCUCUUGACAGGAAAAAAAAAAAA